AUAUGGCUGCUGGCCUGUACAGCUGUAUAGCCGGGCCACUCUGUUGCACUGACAUUCAGUAGUUUGAUAGACACUUGAAGUGUCGGGUCCUUUUGGCUGGAGAGAAAAUGGCUUCGUACACAUUGCGCAUCAACCAGGCGGCGACGGCCCAGCAUCACCACCUACACCACCACAGCAGUGGCCCAGCAAGUCAGGGCUCGUCGUCUGGCGGGAAUUUUUUCAAUGCGAGUGCCGGUCAAGGCGCUGCUGGAACGGCCGGCCCCGAUCUCCUUUCCGUCAACACUUACCUGGAACGAUUCUCGGCCGGCGGCGGUGUGGGCGGCCCGUCGAUGAUGGCCUACCAUCACCAGCCGACGGACGUGACGACGAUGGCCAGUGACAAGUUUACCAAUUACUACAACAACAACAACAACAAUCUCAACAACAGCAACUCGGCUGGGAAUUAUCAGAGACUAACGCCGUCGGCGAUGGACACUCAGCAACAACACCACCACCAACAACAACCACAACAACAACAACAAAGUGAUUAUUUUCUACCGUAUCUGGGCGGAUCGCACCAACAGCAGAUGACGUCCCAUCUGCAGCAGCAGCAAAUCCAGCAGGAACAGCAACAACAGCAACAACAAGAUCAGCAAUGGCCGGUGACGAUGCCGUACGACAAUUGCGCGGCGGCAGCGGCUGCAGCGGCGGCGGCUGCGGCCGCCGCCGCGGCCGCCGACACCUUAAAAAGGUUCUCGGUGACGCGACUCAUCCAGCAUCAUCACCAGAUGGAAUCGCCGUCGGCCAUCGGGAGAAGUUCCGCGUCGACCGGCUGCGACCCGCUGAGUCACCCGGUCGGAAUGACCGUCGCCUCGGCCCACCACCAGCCGUCGCCGCCGCUCCAGGCGCACGGACUUUUGCCGUCCGUCAGGGACGAUUCCGAGACGUCGUCCCACGCCACCGACAAGAGCGACGACGAAUCAGAAGCCGGCGGCGAUAAAAGCGCCAAAAAGAGGAGCAGUUCCUCAUCUUCUUCGCCUUCGUCGCCUUUCAUGUCCCACCACCACCACCCACACCACUCCCAUCAGCGUCACCCGUCGACGGCCAACGUGUCGUCCAGCGGGAGUAGCAAGAAGCCUCGACGCAACCGGACGACGUUCACCAGCGCCCAGCUGUCGGCGUUGGAGAAGGUCUUCGAGCGGACCCACUACCCGGACGCUUUCGUCCGCGAAGAUUUGGCCAAACGGGUCAGCCUCAGCGAAGCCAGAGUUCAAGUAUGGUUUCAAAAUCGGCGGGCUAAAUUCAGACGCAACGAGCGGUCGCUUCAGUCUCCUUCGUCGUCGACAGCGUCGCCGGGCAGCAGCACCAACCAACGGGCCGCUGUCGCCGCUGCUUCUUCAUCGUCCUCGGCUUCUUCGGCUUCUUCGACUUCGUCUCUGACGUCGCCCGUCAUGGCCGGCGCCAAGUCGCCGGCCGAUCUGACCAGCAUGUCCGAUCAGACGUCUUUCGCCGCCCGCACCGCUCCUCUACCGUCUCCCAGCAGCUUCGACGGAUUGUACGCCGUCGGGAGCUGGAAGGCCAGCAGUGCGGCCCUAACGGCCCACCACUCGUCCGGCAGCAGCACGUCACCUUCGAGUCACCACGCCGCAGCUUUGGCACUGAUGCAAUCGACAGGUUUUUCUUCAAUGUAUCCGAAUCCGACCUGCAACUACGGACUGGCGUCGCUCCGCUACUCGGGUGGCAUCAACUGAAAAACACAAACCAAACAACACGCAACAACAAUAAAUACGUGACGUCGUUAUAUAUACAUACAUUAUAUAGAUAUAUACUGUGUUGCUGUAUGGACGGAUAAUUUUUUUUCUUUUUGAUUCUUCUACCACCCACACGCCUCUUUUGAUGACCCUGAUUUUCUUUCUCCUCCCUCUUUUUAUUUUUCUUCGAUUUUUAAAUAAUAAACAUUGUUGAUAAUUCUUCGGCCUUGGCAUACACACACAACGACGAAACAAAACCUUCAAUUUUUGAAUUCAAAUCUUGUCAUUUUGUUGUUUGUUUUGUUUUUUCUCUCAGACUUCUUGACUCUUGUCUCGUGUGUUUUUAUUACAAAUUGGCAUUAUACAAAAUACACUACAUCAUGCUCGUCA